CAUGUCCACUGAGGAUCUCUUUGUUGCUGCAGCUCGUAAAUGUUUGUCUGCAAGAAGGAAAUCUCUUUCUGUUCCUCAGAGUCUGGAUCUUGCCGCACAGGUGUCGGCUGUUGAUUUGGGCUUGAAACCAGCUCUGCUGUAUGACAGUAACGGCACCAACACAGAGCGAGUGCAGCAGUAUUUGAGCUCAUUGCAGUCUUCUCAACUUGUGUCUAAAUCGCUUCUCACGAUGGAUUUAAGUGGUAACACUCUCAUUGUUAAUCCAGUUUCAGUAAGAUCAAAUCUAGAAAGGCUGCUUCAUGAUAGUGGCGUGGUUGUGAUUAAUGUCUGCCACUCACUGGAGAAACCUGCCAUCGCUGACAGAGGAGAGCUGAAGAGCAUAGCGCAGGAAUUACUGCUUCUCCUGAGAGAGUUUGAACAACUGAAGGAGGCCGAGAAACCUUUUUAUGUUGGGGAGAAAUCGGAGGAAUGGAACCUGUGCACAGUGUUCGGUCUGUUAUUGGGUUACCCUGUCACUUACUGGUUUGAUCAGACCCAGAGCUUUGAAAACUGCCUGUCUAUGACCCCCCUGAUGGUGACCAAAGCUUCAGCGACGUGGCAGGCGGACACUGCAGGUCACGCAAUUUGCCUGUUGUCCUUCAGCGUCCCAGCUGCUCUGCACAAAGAGACGCAGUCCAACCUGGAGGACUGGAAGCUUCGUCUUCAGGAAAGAUUUCAGCAGCAACAUGUCCUGAAAGAUCUCACAGUCUGUCAAACCACAGUCACACUGCCCUCAGUCUGUUUGUGAUGCUGGCAUGAGUUUGGAUUAUGUGGAUUUGUCAUCGCUCCAUUAAAAUUGUCAAAACAG